AUGCAUUUCACCAAUUUCAUCGCUCUGCUUGCCGCACCACUUAUUGUAGCAGCUACCCUCGAUCCAGCUUCCUCAAAUACCAAAGGUUACAAGCCGAGUAGCUUGAACUGUGGCGCUGCCAAGGUCUCCACCGCUAUUCAAGCGGCCGAGUGCUCCCAUAACACUCGUACUUCCAAGACCCAAACAUUCGCCGUCUUCGAGACCGACCACCAAUAUGAUGCCAACAAUGGUGCCCCAUACGGCACUUGUAGUGCGUACACCUGCACUGCCCCGACCAGUGAUGAGUUAGAGGAGAAUUCGGACUACUGGGUCUUUUACUGGAGCAGCGAAGGAAAGAGUACAGGAUACGGCACGACCUGUAUCAAGGAUCCCCAGACUGGAGAGUGUGGUUGCGAGAACUCGGAUGGUACUUUUAUUGCCGGCAGUGACAGCUGCACUUAG